CUGCGGUGAGGAGCGAAGCAAGGAGUUCGUUGCGCCAUGGACAUGUGCAGUUGUGUCAGCACGAGCAGCGGUCUUAGUCAUGUUUAUAUUCAUCCUCAGCGUUUAGACACACACAGCUGUAUGAAUGCACCACUCCCCCCUUCCCUGUACAGACAAGAGCCCGGACCCGUGCAUUACAGCAUCACUUCUCACACACAGCACGACCCCAAACCAGUGGACGGUGUAUUGGGAAAUGAAGUCUACUCGAAAGCGUCCCCACACUGGCACACGCAUUUCCUGAAUGACCUGGCUCAUACGCUGCGAGCGAGCCGAUCAUUCAGAUACGUCUCUGCGCCGCCUGUCUCUGAGAUGCAGGAUCAGUACAGGGGACACUCGGCGCCGUACCAGCCCCUGCAGCCUCACUACAGGGAUCUUCAUGGACGGCUCCAUCAUUCUUCAGUUCUGCUGCCCAAAGAGCCAGCGCUCAGCACGACUCACACGGAUUACAGGCGCUUUAAAAGGUCUGAAUUGGCUUCCGUCUCGGCCUCGGACACCUCGCCCACCCGUGGACCCUUCCCCCAUCUGAUCCACCUUCCCCCUGUCAAGGCCCCGCCCAGUGUGAUGCACCGCCCAUCUGUACCGGUACCACACGGAGGCAGAAGCAGCGUGUACACGGAUACCUUUCGUGUCCCUGUGCAUCCGCCCGUUUCCUCCACCCAGGUGGCUGUCCUUGCUGAGACCAAACAUACCGACGAGAGUGGGCGGAGCUUAUUGCAGCAUAUUUUAGACGUGCCCCAUAUGUACAGCACAGAAAACCGCACUUAUGGAAAAGAGAGGAUAGUGCUUGUGAUUUAAAUUUAAGUUAAAAUCUUAACAUCUGCACCUAUGCCGUGCCUGCAUCCCACAUUCCUGACAUUAUGGGAGGUUUUCUACAACUCGAACUAAAUUCCCGCAGAGAG